AAAAAAGGAAAAAUCAGUUAGAUAAGGGUUUAUAAUUUUCCCGGCGAAAUGGAGAAAGCUGGAAAUCACGCAACGGAAUCGGAAAUUCACGACGUUCGCGAGAAUACACAGCAUUCCGAUGAAUCCGAAAAACAGUUGCAUAACAGCACGGAGACGGCGACGGCGAAGCCGGAAUCGGAAUCCUCCCAGAUCAGCCUUAACCAGGUAAUGGAAGCCGUCGACGAUUUCAUCCAGUUAAUUUCCUCCGCCGCGGCUGAGAAAGAUCCGUUACGGGAGAUUCCUCCAGCGGUGGAACCGUUCCCGGAGACGGUGGAUUCGUUGGUGUCGAAGAUGGAAUCUUCUGGGCUUGGGCGGGACGAAACAGAGGACUCUGCAUUUAUCGACGCCGUUAACCGUAUUUCGAAAUCGGUUACGAGAUUGAGAGAGCUUCGGUUAGAUUCAACGCCGGUUUCUUCGUGGUUAAACCGGGCGAGUUCGGUUCAGCACCGGGCUGUCUCGCUUCUCGACGAAGAGUUUCGUCAUCUUCUAGAUCGUUCCAGAGAGACGAAGAACAGCGACGGAAACAAUGGCAAUCACAACAAUCAAAAACCUCCUCCUUCCAAUUCAACGCACGAAUCGGAUCGAUGCGCAUUACAGGACAAUGAUCCAUCUCAAGAGGAAGAAAGUUUCCCGGAUUUUCCACCGGAAUCGAUCUCGACGUUGAAGAAAAUCGCCGGAGCGAUGAUCUCCGCCGGUUACGAAGCAGAGUGCUGUAUGUCUUAUGAGAUGUCGAGACGGCACGCGUUUAAGGAGGAGCUGAGCGAAGUUGGAUUCGAAGGGAUCAAUGUAGAAGACGUACAGAGAAUAGCUUGGGAAUCUCUCGAAGGAGAAAUCGCUUCAUGGAUCUCAAUCGUCCGCCGUUGCUCCGCCGUUCUUUUCCCCGGCGAGCUAUCUCUCUGCAACACCAUCUUCCCAGAUCACGAUCACGCCCCGAUUCGUAAACGCCUCUUCACCGGACUGGUCUCCGCCGUAACAAUCCGGUUCCUAGAUUUCUCCGGCGCGGUGGUGCUCACGAAAAGGUCGUCGGAGAAACUUUUCAAGUUCCUAGACAUGUACGAGACGCUCCGCGACUUAAUCCCGGCGGUGGAAAAUACAGAUUCAGAUCUGAUCCAGGAGAUUAAACUGGCUCAGACGAGGCUAGGAGAAGCAGCAGUGACCAUAUUCGGAGAGCUAGAGAACUCGAUCAAGAGCGAUAAUGGAAGAACACCAGUUCCAAGCGGAGCGGUCCAUCCAUUAACACGUUUCACCAUGAAUUACCUCAAAUACGCUUGCGAGUACAAAGACACUCUAGACCAAGUUUUCCAACACUACGAGAAGUCUCAAUCGGAUCAAACAGAGACCAAACCUGAACCAGAGACCAAACGAAGCCAGCGAGAAGACGACGAGGAGUACAAAACUUCUGCCUUUGCUAGACAAAUGAUAAGAGUGAUGGAAUUGCUUGACGCGAAUCUUGAGAUUAAAUCGAAACUGUACAGAGACCCAUCACUGCGAUCUAUAUUCCUAAUGAAUAACGGGAGAUACAUUUUGCAGAAGAUUAAAGGGUCAACAGAGAUAAGGGACUUGAUGGGUCAAUCUUGGACAAGGAAAAGAUCAACGGAGCUUAGACAGUACCAUAAGAGUUACCAGAGAGAAACUUGGGGGAAAGUGUUGCAAUGUAUGAAUCAAGAAGGAUUACAGGUGAACGGGAAAGUGUCCAAGCCGGUUUUGAAAGAAAGGUUCAAGAUUUUCAAUAAUUUGUUCGAUGAGAUUCACAAGACGCAGAGCACGUGGAUUGUGAGUGAUGAGCAGAUGCAAUCAGAGCUAAGAGUGUCCAUCGCGGCGUUAGUGAUUCCGGCUUAUAGGUCUUUCUUUGGGAGGUAUAAGCAACAUCUUGAUUCAGGGAAGCAGACGGAUAAGUAUGUCAAGUAUCAGCCUGAAGAUAUUGAGUCUUUCAUUGAUGACUUGUUUGAUGGGAAUCCAACAUCUAUGGCACGGAAGAGAAAUUGAAAACUAUGAGACUGUGUGACUAAUGAUCGAUCGGGUUCCUUUUGUUUCUUCUUCUUUUCUUCUCUUGAAUCCUUCUAUGAUUAUUUUUCAUUUACGUUCAUGUUUAAUUGUUUAUAGAACUGUUCUCGAUCAGAGAUGAGACUAACUUUUUGUUUCUUUUUUCUUUUACUCAAUUGUUUCUUUUUUCUUCUAAAAGUUUCGGUUUUUUUUUAUUGUUAAAGUCUUAUGUUUUAAAUUUCUUGUACAUGU